CCUAGAGAGUAUCUGGAGGGAGCUACCAUAUGGUGGUACUGAUCAAAGGAGCUCUCAAGGGACAUGUCCACAAUGAACGGUUUGGGGAGUUGCUUGAGCUGGAGGGAUGAGGAUGCUGGACUGGUACUGCUGCUGCUAAGGUAUCUCUUCUUUCUGCUGACGACGUUCCCUUUGCCAGCCACUGCUGGGAAUGGGAUGUCUAGUAGAACAGUCAUUUUAGGCAUGAGGGUGGAGAACAGCACCAAACCAGGUACUACAGUCUUGGAAAACGGCAUCAUCCAAGUGGUGGAAGGAAGCACCAUUCGGCUUCGGAUCUUCGGCCAGGGCAUCCACCGACCUACUUGCCAGAUGUUAUACUUUGCUGAUUUACCUGAUGUGUCAGAUGUUAAUGCUCAUGGGGACCCCUGCAUCAAGAAGAGCAGCGACAUGCUGGUGAACCCAUACUGCCACGAGGUACGGAACACCACCGCCCUGGUGGAUGUGUCAGUCCAGAUCCUGCGGAAGGAAAUCGAGUUCAAGAACUAUGUGAUGUGCUUGGAAGAUAAUUCGGGCAAGCCACGGUAUUGGUUCAGCGACCGCGAUUUGGUGAUCCAAGUGAUCGAGGGAGAUAAUUUCAAACUGCCUCUCUGGCUGAAGUUAGUCCUGGUGGUCAUCCUGCUGGCGUUGUCAGGCAUGUUUAGUGGUCUCAACCUGGGCCUGAUGUCCCUGGACCCCAUGGAGCUGCGCAUUGUCCAGAACUGUGGCACACCCAUGGAGAAGAAGUACGCUGCCACGAUCGAGCCUGUUCGGCGGCACGGCAAUUACCUGCUCUGUUCUUUGCUCCUUGGCAAUGUCUUAGUCAACGCCUCCUUCACCAUACUGUUUGACUCCAUGGUUAGUGCAAGCCUUCUGGCUAUAGUGGCCUCUACAUUUGGCAUUGUUCUCUUUGGGGAGAUAAUCCCCCAGGCCCUCUGCUGCCGCCAUGGCUUGGAAGUGGGUGCCAAAACCAUUGUCAUCACCAAGUUUGUCAUGCUGCUGACUUUUCCUCUCUCCUACCCUAUGAGUAAAAUACUGGACUAUGUACUUGGUCAAGAAAUGGGCCUCAGGUACAACCGAGAGAAGCUGAUGGAAAUGCUGAGGCUGACCGAGCCGUACAUGGACCUGCUGAAGCAAGAGCUGAAUAUCAUCCAAGGAGCACUGGAGCUGAGGACUAAGGUAGUGGAGCACGUCAUGACCCCCCUGCAUGAAUGCUUCUUGCUCAACAGCAACGCCGUCCUUGACUUCAACACCAUGACGGAGAUCAUGGAGAGCGGCUACACACGCAUCCCCAUCUACGAUAAGGAGAGGACAAAUAUAGUUGAUAUGCUGUAUGUCAAGGAUCUAGCCUUUGUGGACCCAGAUGACUGCACCCCGCUGAAGACGAUCACUAAAUUUUACAACCAUCCGGUGCAUUUUGUUUGCCACAAUACCAAAUUGGAUGCCGUGCUUGAAGAGUUCAAAAAAGGUAACAAGGUGGAGAUCGAGUCAGCUUCAGCCUCCAUUUAAAAGUUAACUUUUUGUUUCUCUUUUGGAGACGGAGCAACUUUUAAAUAGUGGUUACCUUUAGAACAGGCCAGAGGGAUUGGUCAUCAUCCAGAGAAAGUGAUGGCAUAGAUUGGUGCCACCAUUUUAUGGAUGACAGAAAUGGCCCUUGCAUUUGAGGCCCAGUGUCUCCCCAGGCAGAACUCAGAUGAAUCAUAGGAGGUGGGGUGAGAGAAGAGUUCAGCACCCCCUUAUAUAGCACCCUGUCAGGGGCAGCCCAACCUGUUUUGCCACCUGAGGUGAAACAGGAAAGUGCCACCCGCGUUGCCACAGCCUUGUGAGAGCCCCACAAGACCUCAUGGAGUUCUCGCAGGGCUCUCGCAAGAUCUUGCCAUAACUCAGAAGUCUCAGCCACUUCUCUUUACUUCUCUGCCGGUGGGGGCACCCAUGGCAGCACCCCUUGGAUUCUUCCACCUGAGUCGGCUGCCUCACUCUGCCUCAUGGGUGAGCUGGCCUGAGCACAUGGCUCUCUCAUCGUUCUUUGCCUCUGGGGAUGACUGCCCUGUAACUUCUCCCACUCCAUAGCCAUAAGGAUGUAAGAAGAGCCCUGCGAGAUCAGGCCAAAGGCCCAUCUUAGUCCAGCAUCCUUUUCUCCUAAUGGCCAACCACAUGCUUAUAGGUAGCCUGCAAGCAGGACCUGAAUGCAACAGCCCUCUUUCCACUUGUCCUUCCCAGCAACUGGUGAAUCCUAUGCAGAAGCAGGUGACUGCAGAAUCAGCUACAGGCACUUUAAGGAUUGCAGGCAGCUUUCCUGAAGCCUUCCCCAAACCUGGUGCCAAUCUCCAGGUGUUGUUUUUCUCUAACUCACAGCCAGAAUAGGGAUGACAGGAGUUGUGGUCCAACAAUAUCUGGAAGGCACCAAAUUGGGGAAGGCAUAUAUACUAUGACUCUUCUUUAAAUGCAACAGUUGUCUUAGUUAAAGCAGAAUGGAAGCGGGGGAUCUACAGGAUGAAAGAAAAAGGCAUGUCGGAGGUGGGAUUGCAUUGAAAGCAGAAAAGUCCUGUGUUCAGUCCCUGACACCUUCCAUUUAAAAGGGUCAAAUACCAGAGAUGUGGAAUAUUAUUUCCCAUCUGAGACUUUGGAGAGCCACUGCCAGGCAGAAUAGGCUGGGCUGGAUGAACAAAUGGUCAGACCUAUAGUUAAGUUUGCUGAAGAGCUGUAAGUUACACCUUGAGAGAAACAGGUUCCCCAUCUCCAUGAAAGAACAUCUAUGGGCCAAAGCCAAGAUUAUAUAAGAAUUUUAUUUAAUGGAUAUACCGGUAACUCUUUAAAACUUCUUUGAAACUAAUUUAUAUAUAUAUUUGUUUGUUUUUAAAAACACCAUCAAAUGAUGUCUUCGCCUCAGUGCAUGGGUGUAGCCAGGAUUUUUGUUGGGGGGGGCAGGACUUUGUUAGAGGGCAGAACUGAUGUGAUUCGUCAGUUAGUUAAGUACUUCUAUUGUUUUACUUGAUCUAGGGGGGCAGCUGCCCCCUGCUUCUCCCCUUGGCUAUGCCCAUGCCUCAGUGAUAUAACCAAAGUCUGCCCCACAGGUAAAUCUCACCUGGCCAUUGUCCAAAAGAAGAAUGAGGUUGAACAUGAAGAUGAAGGUGAAGUGUUGGGUAUCGUGACCCUGGAGGAUGUCAUUGAAGAGAUAAUCAAGUCAGAGAUCCUGGACGAAUCAGAUCUCUACAGUUAGGUUCAUUCCUAGUUGUUUUUCUACCUAUGAAACAGCAGUGUGUGUGUGUGUGUGUGUGUGUGUGUGUGAGUGAGUGAGAGAGAGAGACAGACAGACAGACAGACAGACUCACUGCAUUAUAUUUCCUCAUCUUGGGUGUGGGUGGGGAAGCUAUGGCCCUACAGAUGUUGUUGGACUUUAACUUCCAUUAGCCCCAGUUAGUAUGGCCAAUUUUUAGUGAUGAUGGAAGUCCUACAAUAUUUGGCAGGCCUUGUGUUCCUCACCUGUCUUCAGAUGAAGGCUUAACACACAUUGUGCUGUGGCAGGUGCAACUGUAUUUUGUUCCCACCAAUGGUGACUCAGCUAGCCUAUCUUGGACCACUGCCAUUUCUGCAGAAAACUCUCUGAGAAGAAUGGUAGAAGGAAAAGAUCAUGAUCGGCACUAGUUGUUUCCAACUGAAUUUUGCUCAUUUCUCUUGCAGUCUGCCUAGAAUCAAUAGUGUCAUGAGGUGAUUUGGGACUCUGGCCUUGGGUUUAGGGUUACUGAGAUACUGUUGCAGGAGCUAUAAUUGCUCCAAGCUGCAAUGUUAUGAAGCACCAAUAGGCAGAAUUAAAAUAAGGAAAUUAUGGGCUGUCAAAACAAGGUGGUGCAGAAGUCCAGGACCUCACUCAGCAGAAGCAAGUGAAGGAAUACACAUUUAUCUGAGGAGCCCUCCUGAAUAAUCAUUACCUAACUGCACCACUGCUUCUGACCUGCUCCCAAUGGUGACUGGUGCCCAUUGGGCCUGGUGGAGCUCAGGGCACUGCAAACAGAGCCAGGGAAAACAGGUGAAGCGAAUAGUCUUUUCUAUGACAACAAAACAGUUCCCCCAACCCAUUUCAUGGAAGGCAACCUGGUGAGGCUCAGAGGCACUGCCCCACCUUGUCCUCUUGAGGGGCACUCUCUAGUUGCUCCCCAGUCUUGCCUCAUGGUUUGCCCUUCAGUCCUGGCGUCUGGUUUGCUCCUCAACCUUGCUUCCUGAUUUGUCCUCCAGUUCCAACCACCUUCUUGGUUCUGACUGCUGGCUUUGCCCCUGGACUCUGAUCCCUUUGUGCAACUCCUAGCUCCCGGUUUGGGGCCCCCAGCUCAUUAAACUGCAGACAGGUAUGGAGCCCUGCUGUUUAUCCUUACCUAGCCCUCUGCGUUGCCAGGAAAAACGAGAAGCUUUGAGAAAUUCCAAGUACGAUCCAGGUUGCGUGUUGCCGGUAUUUUCAAAAAAGGCUCAACUCCAUGGAUAUAUCAACUCUGAACUUGAUCUUGCCAGUUAAACACAUUUAUAUUUAUACAAACGUAUUUCUUUGGUGUGCUCUGAAGGGACAUGAUGCAGCCAACAUGCUCAAGCUAAGCAGAUCUGGGGCUGCUCAGUGCCUUGACGAGGGACCACAUGGGGAGUCCUGUGGAUGCCAUUUUGGGUUCCAUCAUGGAAAAUUUCAAGAAAAGCCUAACUUAGGGUACCGCUGCCACCAAAGGAGUGGUGGGUGGUGUUGCAGGGGGAGGAAAGGAGACACCUCAGUGGUGAUACCGACUUUGAUACCAUUUCAGUAUCAGGCAAAGGUCUCAGCUGUUUUAUCUCUGCUGAUCACUCGGACUGGGGAGACCCACCCAGGGACCAUACAGCUCACUGGGUGACUUUGGGCCAGUCACUAUCUCUCUGCCUAGCCUACCACGCAGGACUGAUGUGAGGAUGAAAGGUGUAAGGGGGGAACAUCUGGAUUUGUUAGCUGCCGUAAAUGUACUUGUGAAGGCUGGAGUAUAAAGUCAUCCAAAAAUGUAAAACAAAACAAUAUCAUACUUCAAGCUUUUUGUAUGGCAGCUCCUACACUUUGGAACUCCCUGCCUGUUGACAUCAGGCAGGUGCCUUCACUGUGCUCAUUUUGGCACCUGCUUAAAACAUUUUUAUUUAGGCAAAGCUAUCCAGAUACAUGGAUGUUGAUGUGUUUUAAUAUAACUAUUUAAUUUUAAAUAUUUUCAGUUACGGGAUGCGGGUGGCGCUGUGGGUUAAACCACAGAGCCUAGGGCUUGCCAAUCAGAAGGUUGGCGGUUCGAAUCCCCACGACGCGGUGAGCUCCCGUUGCUCAGUCCCAGCUCCUGCCAACCUAGCAGUUCGAAAGCACGUCAAAAGUGCAAGUAGAUAAAUAGGUACCGCUCCGGCGGGAAGGUAAACGGCGUUUCCAUGUGCUACUCUGGUUCACCUGAAGCAGCUUAGUCAUGCUGGCCACAUGACCCGGAAGCUGUACGCAGGCUCCCUCGGCCAAUAAAGCAAGAUGAGCGCCGCAACCCCAGAGUCGGUCACGACUGGACCUAAUGGUCACGGGUCCCUUUACCUUUACUAUUUCCAGUUACAUGUUUUGAACUGUUUUAUUGAUCAUUUUAACACUUCUUGUAAACCACUUUUUAUUAUGAAGAAGUGGUAUAUACAUUUUGUUUUUUAAAAAUAAAAUCCAAAUGUAUGUUAGUCACGGUAGAAUCUAGCAAUCUUUUCGACAAGGGCUAAAGGGGAAGCACAACAGGUGUUGAGAUGGGGGGGUCACCCCCUCGGAAGGGGGGACAAGACAGGAAGCUCCCAAAUUCCACGUCACUGGUUUCUGAGCCAUCUCGCAGACAGCUACCAUGUGCUUUCAGAUUUUCCUCAGUGAUCAUGAGGACUAGAAACGUAUAUGUUCUUUUAGAUCCAUAUGCGACUGCGAGAUUCUGCUCUCUCCAUUUCCUUCCACUCUUACAUUACAUAGUGUGCCCAUGGCUGCUUCUGUAACCACACAGUGUAGUGAUUCCUUAUUUGGUUUCCUCCCUUGCAGCCUACAAUCGUACCAGAAGACGAGAUGCCAGCCCAAGGAAGUGGGAUUUCUCUGCCUUCAGGGGCAAUGACACUGAGUUGAAGAUCUCCCGUCAGCUACUCCUGGCUGCACACCGCUUUCUCUCUACAGGUACGAGCCCUCAGGGACCACCUGGGCCACUGGGAAGGCAGAGAAGGCCAUCUAGCAUGACCAUGAAAUCGCUUGAUAACUCCUUGCAGGGUUGACCCUGCCGCGCAGCAGGAUAAAUUGUCCUGCUUCAGGCAGCACCAUGAUGGACAAGGUAGGCCUGGCUCUACCAUUAGGCAGAGUGAGGGGGCUGCCUCGGGCGGCAGAUGCUGGGAGCAGUGAGGUGCUUGAGGACAGAGCCGUGUGUGCCACACCAUCUGCCCUGCACAUCCUAAAUUAGUAUGAACAUGAGUACAUAGAAAGAGCCGUGCUGGAUCAGGCCAAAAGCCCAUUGCACAUCAGUGCAGCUGCACUCUCCCCAUUUGUGAUUCCCAGCAACUGGAGUUCAGAAUAGGAAAGGACAAGAAAAUUGAUUCAGUUCACACUUAAAGCCAAACCUACCUGAUUCACAUUUUCUAAAACAAUACAAGAACUGAAACAUAGCCAUCCUAGAACAUUCGUACUUCCUCAAUGUCUGCAGCCCAGUUAUCCAGCCAUGUAAUGUGCACAAAAAUGCAUUGAUUGUGGUCAAGUGCCACAAAAAUGCAUAUAAUAGUAACAGAUGUAAAACAACUAGUUACCAUAAAUAAAAGUACUGCAGAGGGGAAGAGCGGUAGGACAUCAGCUUUGAAUGCAAAGGGUCCCAGGUUCAGUCCCUGCUCCCAGCUUCCUCAAGUAGGGCCAGGAAUGUCCUGUCUGAUCUGAAACUUAAAGCCAAACCUACCUGAGUCGCACACAUGCAUAUUCAAACUCCUAGCUCUGUACACAUACAGAGUAUCUUCCCAAUGAGCUGUGCUCCUGCUCAGUUCCUGUUCACUUCAGUGCAGCAGGCACAAAAGGAUUUUCAGGUAGCUGAUGCCCAUAAUAUGUGAGUGCCAUCACUCUCCUACUCUGUUCCAUCUGACGCCACCCGCCAUCUGCCUCCAGCUGGCUAACUCGCUUUGCCUUAUGGUGGCAUGGAUCUGGGAAAGGAUUUUGCUUCCAGGAAGCAUCCUUUGAUUCCUGUGCCCUUGUCAUGCAGAGGUCUUGCAAUUUUGCCCGAGCCUCAUCUCCGAGAAGUACCUGCUACGUCUCCUCAAGCAUCCUGGUGUCAUCUGUGAGCUGAAAAUUGAUGAGCAGGACAAGGAAUCUCCCGAAUAUAACUUGUAUGAAAAGAAUAAGCCGGCAGAUUACUUCAUUCUCAUUUUACAGGUACUUUGUUGGCACUUCCUACUCUCUCUGCACAGCCAAGGAAGCACCAAGUGCAUGACCUAAUCUGUGGGUCAUCAAUGCGGCACUUUUGGUAGCCAAGGUGCCCACAGAUGUCUUCCUGGUGCCUGCUGGGUCCCAUCUUUGUGCUGAAACUUGGAAAAGGCCUUCUUUAGCCAAGGGGUGGGGUUUACAGCUAGGGAGCAAAGACAGCACACGUGUGAGGCCCACAACAACUUCUAUGGUUUGGCAUGAGGGCCCAUGGGUGCAGAAGGUUUGGUACCCCAUGCUUAGGCUAUAGUCAUGUAUCCAGACAAGACGACUCUCAUGGUCCCCUCCAACUGUAGUUCCAUGAUUCUGUGACUCUGAUAGUGACAGGCCAAUUGGAAGAGAGCCCACCUUAAAAGCCUUAUCACUGGUGGCACUCCAUGUGGCAUGUCAGUACCAACUGCGUGUCCUACAGCAACUGUGUACAGCAUCUUCAGGCCAAUGUUGCAGAACACAAGAGGGGGAGGGACCCAUGAGGCCAUCUGGAUCAACCCCCUUGUGUAGGAGGAAAUGUGCUCACCAUCAUCCCUAGUGGGGCAUGACACACUACAGGAUAUAUAUAACUACACACCAGCAUACAUGUAUAUAUAUGCAGGCAUACAUAAUACAAUAGGAAGGCCAAUGCUGGACAUCUAGUCCAACCCUGCAAGCCGGAAAACCAGUAUACACACAAACAUACACACAUGCAUCCAAAUUAAUUCUAUUAGUAAUCCUGUGUGUUGUAAUAAUUGGUGCCAUAACAGGAAUAUGCAGUUGUCCCAUACAGGGAUUGGACCUGCCACCUUUGGCAGUUUGUAUCAGGCACUGAGCACAAACCCUCCAUUGUAGAUGUCAAGCGAUAAACCAGGCAUCUACUGUGAAUGUCCUUGUGCAGAUCACAUGGUGCCGACCAUGUGGGCAAAACCAAAAUGGCGCCGACCAUGUGAUCACAGCAACAUGGCGCUGUCCAUGCAUCAGGGACAAAAUUAACACUAGCCAUGUGAAAUAAACUGGUGCCAAACUCGUGUCCCCAAGGGGGGGGGGGGUAGCCUGGAUGCAGCCCCUCCUCUCCCCUCCCCCCAAGGAGGCCGCUGCCUGCGGACCUAGCAAUCCGCCCGUCAGCGCCAGAAUAAAGGAAGCCCAGCAUUGAGAUGAGGCGACAACAGGCGCCGUGACAUCGAGACCUGGGCCAUGUUAAGAAUAUAGGUGGGUCCAACUGUGGUGGUGGCCCAAAGGGCCACAAUAAAUGUGAUACCCCUGUAAAUCCUUGAGUGUGCUUCUAAUAGAAAAGUUAUGGUAACCUGUUAUGUACUUUAUGAAACUGAUGAUUUUGCAAGUUGCCGGCCCCCACUCCAGUCCUCCAGGGCAGGAAUACAGCUAAUAUAUGAAUCACAAAGAUACAGCUCAAAGCUAGAACAUAAGUUGCUACCUGGUGCAAAUGGCUACACGUAACAUAGGUUUCCAACACGCACACUAACACAAUGUAACAGAACAUGGUGGGAAUCGGAACUUAAUCAGCAGAAAUUGCCAGUGCUUACUGCGCAUGUGUAUUAAACAUGAAAUGAGGUAAUGAUGUAUAUGAUUGGUAGAAACUGAAAUGCUUUGCAGGAAAUUUUAUAAAUACCACUGCCUGGACCACCAGGCGGGGUUGCAGUUUUGCGAAAUGAUCUGACUGUGACCUAUUGCUUUGAAAUAAACAGCAUUGGACUCCUAACUCCUCACGUUUCUGAAUUUUAUUGGUGUAAACUCAGGAGGUAAGCUAUUUUCUGGCUUACAACACAACAACAACCUUCCUUGCUGACGCUCUGACCAGAAUGGCUGACCAGCAUUGACUGCAGCCUCCUUUUCUGAUCCCCAGCUCUGCCCCCGGGGCCGCAGCCGAUUGGCUGAUGGUGCCGGCCACAUGGAUGACCUACAGCCUAUGGGGACAGCCUAGGGGUCGGAGCAACAGGCGGUGUGACCCUGUGGGUCAGGGAAGUCGUGCCGGGUUGCAAAAGCCGCCCACAUCAUGACUGGUGAGCAGUCAUUAACAGGUCUAACAAGUAAAAUAAGAGAUCAAGUCUCUUAUUAUACAGUGGUACCUCGGGUUAAGUACUUAAUUUGUUCCGGAGGUCUGUUCUUAACCUGAAGCACUACUUUAGCUAAUGGGGCCUCCUGCUGCUGCCGUGCUGCCAGAGCACGAUUUCUGUUCUCAUCCUGAAGCAAAGUUCUUAACUUGAGGUAAUAUUUAUGGGUUAGCGGAGUCUGUAACCUGAAAUGUAUGUAACCUGAAGCGUAUGUAACCCGAGGUACCACUGUAUUGUGGAGUAUUUGUAAAAUAACUGUAAACAUGUGAAAAUGCUAGCAGGAUUAAGGUAAACAACAGUAUAAUAUAUAGUAAAGGAAUAAUAAAAGGAAAAGGGAACUAAAUGGAUAUAUGAGAAUAUGCAGGAAUGGUGGGGAAAUUAAAGGAACCAGGGAAGGGAAAGAAGGGAAGUCACUGAAUGCUUUAUUAUAAAGAAAGAAAUUAACGGGGAAAAUGUUUAUUUUAACGUGAAUAUGAUAUUGGAAAUUGUAAUCAUUGUAAUAAUGAUUAUAAAUAAAAUUCAUUAAAAAAAUAUUGGUGGGAGUCAAAGUCCAGCAACAUCUAGAGGGCCACAGGUUCCCCAUACCUGCAGUACUGUAAGUAAAAAAAAUAAAAUUUCUUGCAGAAUCAUAGAAUUGUACAGUUAGAAGGGACCAUGAGAGUCAUCUAGUCCAACCCCCUGCAGUACAGGAAUCUUUUGCCCAACGUGGGACUCGAACCCACGACCCAGAGAUCAAGAGUCUCAUGCUCUGCUGACUGAGCUGUCCUGCACAACAGAGUGAUAGCAGCUGGUCCCUACUUAGAAUUAAGGAGCAGCCCUUCUUUCUGGGCCUAUCCUACGCAUGCCAAAGCUACCAAGGCCGUUGUUUGAGAGAUAUGAAUAAUGCUUGUCUGCAAUGUUUUCUUUGAUUGGGUUUCUUGGGAGUUACUUCUGCUUGCUAUGGAAUGGAUUGCUGUGAGAUUCCAGAGUGGCUUAGGUGCUACAGGUUGACCCUUCUCUGACAAAUCAAGUUUAAAGGUCCUAAUAUUGCCUCUCUGUUCCAGGGAAAGGUGGAGGUUGAAGCGUGCAAGGAAAACAUGAAGUUUGAGAAUGGACCCUUCUCCUACUAUGGAGUCAUGGCCUUGGGUACACCCAUCCAAGGAGGUAAUCGGCAUUCCUUCUCCUCCCACAGUCAGAAACUCUCCCCACUUGAUAGUUUAGGCCAGGGGUCAGCAAGCUUUUUCGGCAGGGGGCCAGUCCACCAUCCUUCAGACCUUGUGGGAGGCCAAACUAUAUUUUGGGGGAAAAUACGAACAAAUUCCUAUGCCCCACAAAUAACCCAGAGAUGCAUUUUUAAUAAAAGGACACAUUCUACUCAUGUAAAAACACGCUGAUUCCUGGACCUUCCGCAGGCCGGAUUUAGAAGGCAAUUGGGCUGGAUCCGGCCCCUGGGCCUUAGUUUGCCUACCCAUGGUUUAGGUUGUAAUCCUAACCACGUCUGCUCAGAAGCAAGUCCUACUGAAUUCGAUAGGGCUUACUACCAGGUAGGGAGAUAAGAAUACAUCAUUUUCCAUUAUGUCUUCUAUUUGUCUCAUGCAUCACUGUUUCCAUUCCACAGCAGUUAAUUCUCCACUAAAAAAUGCAUUACUUGCCUUUCUGCUGCAGCAAAAUUACAUAAAUUAUGUUGCUAUUACAUUAUUCCACCCCAUUUAUUUCAAGUCAAAAGAAACACAAUGCAGAUGGCAGGAAAAAAAUGAUAAGUAUCCAUGAUUUCCAGACUGAAAGAAACACAAGUACACCCCAGGUUCAGUUGGUAGAGCAUAGAUGGGUUUUCUGUGGGAAAAGCAGCAGGACAAAGGCAAAACCACUCUCACCCAUGCCUAGAAAAUGUGGGACAAGCAGAAAACCUCUUGGAUCCAUGCUUUCCAGGCAUAGGACAAGCGGAAGCAUGGGUGAGCCCUAUGAGCAUUUGGUCUGAUUUGUUUGCGGAACGGUUUACAACAUGCAUCCUAGUUUUCUCGUGGGCAGGGGCAGAGGAAGGGGUGUGUGGUGGGGGCGGGUCACCCCAGGUGUCACCACUGGGGGGGGGAGGGACAAAACGCAGCGUGCCCUGAGCCACGGAGCACGCCCGAGCCAUGCAUCUUUCCUGGGAGUGACGCGGUGGCUUAGGCACCUGCAGGCUCUGCGCUGCCCCAAACAGUCCGCCCACCGCCUCCCCCCAGCUGUAGAGUGGCUGAGGGGGAAGCAGACAGACUCCUUGGGGGCCCCACAGAGUGUCCUGCCCCGCCUGGCCCCGUCUCGUGGGCACGUGGCCCUGCCCCCAGGUACAGGGCAUGUGCACCGCCCCAGGCGCCCGAUCGACUUGCUCCACCGCUGCUCAUGGGGUGUUUAUACAUCUUUUCAUUAAUCAGAGGCACCAGGUUGCCCCUGAGACUGAGGGGGCCCGGCAUGUGGUGCAUGCGAAACAUCACAUUGUCUGGAGGAGGCCAAGCACUUUGGAGGAGAUGAGCACUGAAGCUGUGACGCUGCACGCACAACGACCCACACAUGCAAUGCGCACCGGCCUCCCUCAACAAAUAUUGAAGCGGCUGAAGAUACCUCAACUACCCCUCGAGUUGGCACACCUGCCGUUAACCAUUCAGUCCACACUCCCCCCCAUCACUUUUUUGGCUGCAAAAGGUCAGGUUUGUUUUAAAGGUGGAUUUGUUGCGCCAGGACAACAGUGCAAAUUUGGUGGUGAUGGAAUUGAAAAGUAAAUUUUCUGUCUGUGUGUGUGUGUGUGUGUGUGUGUGUGCGCGUGUGUGUGCGUGCGCGUGCAAAGUGGAUGAGGCAGCAAUUAGUCAUCUGUUCCUGUGCAUUUUUGGAGGCUGGACAAUUGCGUACUUGGUUUGCACCAUAGUCUGGUGCCAUCUAGUGGUUUAAUCUGAGCAAUUCAUCCAUCCCCAGUACAACAUUCAGGGAAGGGCCCUUGAGUUUCCCUGAGGGUGCCAGACCUUCUUGCGGCUGUUUCCCAGACAAUACAACUCCCUCUGGCUCAUCAUUUCUGCUAUCUCUCUCCCUCUUGGUUAAAAGAGUCCUAUAAGCAAGUAGUGCUCAGGCAUAGGCAUGAAAAGUCUAGCACAAUGUUGCUUAACCAAGCAAGCAAGCAAAACAAUCCCACCAAUAAAGGUAAAGGUAAAGGGACCCCUGACCAUUAGGUCCAGUCGUGACCAAUUCUGGGGUUGCGGCACUCAUCUCGCUUUAUUGGCCAAGGGAGCCGGCGUACAGCUUCUGGGUCAUGUGGCCAGCAUGACUAAGCCGCUUCUGGCGAACCAGAGCAGCGCACGGAAACGCCGUUUACCUUCCCGCCGGAGCGGUACCUAUUUAUCUACUUGCACUUUGACGUGCUUUCAAACUGCUAGGUUGGCAGGAGCAGGAACCGAGGAACGGGAGCUCACCCCGUCGCGGGGAGUCGAACCGUCGACUUUCUGAUCGGCAAGCCCUAGGCUCUGUGGUUUAACCCACAGCGCCACCCGCGUCCCUUAAUCCCACCAAUACUUGCUGCCAUCCCCUGUUCCCCAGACCUGCUAUUCUCAGUGACCAGCACUCUAGGCAGCCGCCUAGUAUCCCCUAGAGACAAACCUGGCUGACUGUUGUGGGAGAGGGCUGACAGCUGGGAAAAGGAAAUGGAAAUGGAAUACAGCGGCAUAUUGAAUAGCAGCACUUCACAAGGCAACAUUUUGUUGCAGGUUCCAGAUCUAUAUCCUUCCAUCCAUGGCUUCUAGUUCCCCAAGUUGUUUCAGGGGCCUCUUUACAAGGAUUGUGUCCUUGGCAAGGAGAGACUCUGAAACACAACAGAUGUGGGACACAUGCGCAUAAGCAGCGCUAGCCUCAAAGCAGCACCAGUCUCCCCACCCAAAAAACAACAGAACACCCUUUCUGUUCCCAGAGGCUGCUUCUUGCAGAUUGGAACUGUUUGUGUCCAGUUCAAUGUUCCCUCUUGUUCCCUUUCUCUUGGGUACACUUUCCUUGGCAGGACCCUGGUCUGAGCCCCUCCCCUGCUACAUAAAUGUGACUUGCAUUUCUAGCUUCCUUGGGUUGGUGGAAACAUGGUUGAAGGCGGUUCAGCAAAAGUAGAUGGAGCCUGGGUGGGUUGGUGGGCCAAGGGAAGAAGCUGGGGAAAAGACCAAGGGGAGCAGGCUGGAGUGUACAAUUCUCGCCUCACUUUUUCCCAUGUGCAGGUAUGGAAAUCAUAGGCUCCCAGAUUCGCAUGAGCAAUAUGCAAUGCUUUAGCAUCACCAGCUCCAACCAGGUCCUCCCCAGCAGCAGCCUACAGUACAUGGCAGACUACACUGUCCGUGCUCUCACUGACCUCCUGUACAUCAAGGUGAGGCCUCGACGGAUUUGUUUGACCCCCGAAAAGGAGAUUCUGGGUGAGGUGAAGGGUGAUACUUUCCUAAUAGAUGCUGGUAUAUUCAUUCAUCUAUAACAAGGGUGGGGAAACUUUAGCACUGUUGCUUUGACAACUCUCAUCAGCUCUAGCAAGCCUAAUCAGUGGUCAGGGAAGAUGGGAGUUGUAGUUCGGCAGCAUCUGAAGGGCCCACCUCUGAUCUAGAAAAUUCCAAAGCUGCCCUCAGUUGAGAACACAGCUUCAGCUGGAUUCACAGCCAUUUCCUUUUCUCAGGGGCAAAUGGAAUGUAAUGGCAGCAGACCUGUGUGAAGACAUGGGUCUCCCAGGACAUUCCUCUAAGGCAAUGGGAUGCAAGGGGCAUGACUAAAGCACUUCUAUGUAGGUCUGCUCAGACAUAAGUUCCACUGAGUUCAGUGGGACUUCUUCCAGGGUAAGCAUGCAUAGGACUGUGGCUUUGCAUUCACUUUUUGCAGGGUCAUAGCCCCACCAGUGAAAAUUUUUGUGUACUAGGUGGAGGUCAAAGGUGUCGUUUAGCAUUUGGAGCUCAGGCCCAACCUUUGCUUUGUAACUAGCCAUGCUGCUCAGGGCAGCCAUUUACUGUUGGCACCUGCGGCCAUGUCUCAGAUUUCCAAAUGUCCCCCUGGUGACCAACGGUUCCCAACCCCUCAUAGCUCAUUCUCGAAACGGUCUGCUGAGGCAGGAGAGGAAUGCCCUCAGGUUAUAAGAACUUGAGAAUGUGGUCACAUCUCUCAUUAUUUUUAAAGUAUUCCACUGCCCAUCUAGGCUUCACAGAAUUGUGGGUGGUCUCCCUCCUCCCAGAGGCGGAGCUAGCUGCUCCGGCACCUGGAGCAGCGCACAUGCUGUGCCUGCGGGGGCGGGGCUAGCCACCCACAGCAAGCGUCCCUGGGGGGCGCCGCCGCUGUGAUGUCACACCCCCUCAGGGAUGACACCUGGGUAAUACUGCACCCACCGCACCCCCUUUCCUCCGCCACUGCCUCCUCCCACUUGGGCAGUUGAUUUGACCAUCCUGAUAAGACUUCUCUUUAGACACCUAUUUGCGGGUGGGUGUAAACUUGAUGUUUGCUACUUCUGACUUCUUUGUAGCUUAUUCUUUGGCCACCUGCAGUUCUGUGGGAGAAGGGGCUGAGCUGCCACCUCAGCAGCCCCCACCACACCAUUUCUGGCCAGACUACCUGUGUUUACAUAAGGCAGGAGUGAGGAAUCUCUUUCAGUCGGAGGGCCUCAAUCCCUUCUAGGCAACUUUAUUGGAACCACAUGCCAGUGAUGGGCAGAGCAACGAAUGUGAAUGUUUACCUUUUAUACACCAGGCUGGUUUUUACUCACCCUCUCUCUCACACACCUCUGUUUCCUCCAUCCAGGCAAGAGACAACCAUUAUCAGAGUUCAAGAAUACAUCCCAGCCAGACAAAAACACUCAGCCUGCACUUUCCUUGUGUGUUUUUACCUGGCUGGAAUGCGUGCGUAGGCCUGGGGGAGAAUCCUGAGGGCCAGAUAGUGAGGGCUUGGAGGGUAGCAUUGCAUAGCCCUCAGCGGUCCUGGGGAGAACAAAACAUCCUGGUAUUUUGCUUGAGAGCAUGGUGGCCAUUGCAAAUCUCCUGUGUUGGGUGGCUUAGCAAAUUAAAUAAAUUGUAAUAAUAGAUAGGUGAGGUCUGGUUGUGCAUGCUGGAUGCUGGCAGUAUGUUUCUGGAGUAAUUGCUUUCUCUCUCUCCCUUUCUCUCCAAAACAGAUCACACGGAAUCAGUACCAGAACUGUCUUAUGGCCUCACUGGCGGAAGUCAACGCAGCUGCAAGUGUCAUCCCGCAGGCUGAGAUUUCUGCUGACUAGAGUCAGUGCUCCAAAGUGUACCCCAGGCUUGAAUUGUCUAGAGUCAGUGCUCCAAAGUGUACCCCAGGCUUGAAUUGAAUUGAAUGAAUCUUUAUUUGCGUCAGCCAUCGGCCAUAGCAAUCUUUCUUUCUCUUUCUUUGGCAAUCACUCAUAGCCAAGUAAGAUCGUCUUCCAUAAACACGGUUUCAACAAUGAGUCCGUAAGUGGCUGUGGAGGCCAAUUCUGGAUCCACACAUCUUUUCACAGUGGGGACAUUGGUUUCUGGGCAGGAGUUGAUCAUGGUUGGAUUUGCCGAGCGUGCCUUCCUCUUAGCAUGUUUCUCCCUUGCGUCCUGAGUUCGAGUGUCUUCAAAGCCCAUAACACCUUUCGUAAAGGCUGUUCUCCAAUUGGAGCGUUUGCAGGCAAGUGUUUCCCAAUUGUUGGUGUUUAUACUACAUUUUUAAAGAUUUGCCUUGAUACAGUCAUUAAACCUCUUUUGUUGACCACUAGCAUUACGCUUUCCAUUUUUAAGAGUAGUUGCUUUGGAAGACCGAUUAGUAGGCAUCUGCACAACAUGACCAGUCCAACAAAGUUGAUGUUGAAGAAUCACUGCUUCAACACUGGUGAUCUUUGCUUCUUGCAGUACACUGGUAUUAGUACGCCUGUCUUCCCAAGUGAUGUGUACAAUUGUUCAGAGACACCAUAGAUGGAAUCUUUCGAGGAGCUGGAAAUGGCAUUUAUAAAUAGUCCAUGUUUCACAAGCAUAGAGUAAGGUUGGUAGUGCAAUAGCUUUGUAAACAAGCAUUUUGGUUUCUCUGCAAAUGUCCCGGUCCUCAAACACUUUGCACUUCUAUUGGGAGAAAGCCUCACUCACAGAGCUCAGGCAAUGCUGGAUUUUGGCAUCAAUGGCGGCCCUUGUGGAAAGAUAACUGCCCAGGUAGGAGAAGUGAUUGACAUUUUCCAACAUUACACCCUUGAAUUGGAUUUGUGGUGCUGCAGAGGGGUUAUUUUGUACCUGUUGGUGCAGCGCUUUGGUUUUUUGGAUGUUGAGUGAUAGGCCAAGCUUUUCAUAAGCUUCUGCAAAGAUAUUUACGAUGGUUUGGAGGUAAUCCUGUGAGCGUGCACACACUACGUUGUCAUCAGCAUAUUGAAGCUCUAUGAUGGAAGUAAAGGUAACCUUACUCUUUGCUUUCAGCCUGCUCAGAUUGAAGAGCUUUCCGUCUGUUUGAUAUAUGAUUUCUACUUUGGUGGGGAGUUUCCCUUCAACAAAGUGUAGGAUCAUGGCAAUGAAAAUAAUGAAUUGAGUUGGGGCAAUAACACAACCCUGUUUAACACCUGAUCCCAAUGGUUCACUUUGAGAGGCAUUGUUACCUGUGAUUGUUGCUGUCAUAUUAUCAUGGAGGAGCCGAAUGAUGUUCACAAAUUUCUCUGGGCAACCAAUUUUCAGAGAGGCAGUCCACAGGGGAUUAUGAUUUACAGUGUCAAAAGUCUUAGUUCGGUCAAUAAAUGCCAUAUACAGG